AUCACAUCAAUACCUACCUUAACCAACUCCCUCAAGAAAAGUAUACCAACUAUGGAACUCCCACCUCAAUUGAACCUCCUCCGCCCUCUCCUCCUGCUUGCCUAUUCAGCCUCCUACAUCCCAAUCACAAUCCUCCGCCUCAUAACCUCUUCACCCUCAAAACUACUCUCCUGGUCUUCGUUCCAACACGCCUGGUUUGGAAACUUCUGGUCCUGGUUCGGUGGUGUAUCCCGCGAAAGCGCUGCCGCCACUAUCUCUCCCCUCGUCCGCGCAAAUGUGCACGGUGUGGUCCUCGACAUCGGCCCAGGCUCAGGAGAAUGGGUAUACCUAUACGCAGCGACUGCAAACAAAGUCACCAAAGUCUACGGUGUGGAGCCUAAUCCUGAACAUCAUGCCGCGUUGAAGAGGAGAGUCGAAGCUGCAGGAUUAAAAGGCAUCUACGAGAUUCUACCCGUUGGAGCACAGGACUUGGGUACUGUGGGAUUGGAAAAGGAAUCAAUUGAUACGAUAGUCACUUUGCAGACAUUAUGCUCAUGUCCAGGCCCGCAAGAUAUCAUCAAGAGUCUGUAUCCUUAUUUGAAGAAGGGUGGUAUGUGGGUUGUCUAUGAACAUGUCAAGACAAAAUAUCAGGGCGACUUUGUUGGAUACUGGCAGCCUUUGGUCAACUUGGUGUGGCCAACGUUCUUUGACGGAUGUGAUAUUACAAGACCAACUGACAAGUGGCUUCGCGAGGCCGGUGACUGGGAAGAAAACUCAUUGAGAGCAGGAGAGGGUGAAGGUCCAUAUGACACCAUUCCUCACUCUCUCGGAACGUUGAUCAAGAGAAGAUGAUUCGAUAUCUUGUAUCAAAUGUACAUAUAAAAGCACGUAGAAGUCACACGACAGCAAUG